AUGAUAACUUUUUUAGAUUAUAUUUUAUUACUCAUUAAAUAUUAUUAUCAUAAAGAAAUAACAAUGGAAUUAAAUAUAUCAAAUGGAGAUAAUUACAUGCGACGGGGAAGUUUGAAAUUUCCAACGGGAGAGAUAGAAAAAUUACAAGGAAAUUCAAUGAGAAGAAAAAAUAGGUCAUCAUCAUUACAUGGAAAUGCUUUAAAAAUUUCAACUUGGAAUAAUCCUGAUGGAACUGAAAGUGUAGAAAUAUCUAAGACUAGAAAAAAAAGUCAAAAAGGACCUGGAUUAAGGGAGAUGCUUUAUGGAAUUGCUGCUAAAAGAGAAAAAGAAGAAGCUGCUCAAAGGAAAAGACAAAAAAAAAUUGCUGGUAUGUUUUAA